GGACAAUCGCCGCCAAACCACCAACCCACGGCUCUGCUCGUCUCCUGGGGAUCGAGUUUCUCCGCACAGCCGGUCAGGUCAACCUUGAGGUCUCACUCAAUCUUCACGGCAAUAGUUGCUCUUGCUCGCCGCGACUCGCUCCUCGCUCCUUAGCAAUCAUUCGUCGCUCAUCGCCUGUCGCUAACUGCUCACCGCUUGUCGGGAGGGUGUGAGGGCGGAGGGCAUUAGGGCGGCUGCGAUAGUGUGGGCGCGCGGGUGGCUGCGGAGCGACGGGGUAAAUGGGAGCCUCACGCUGCUAGCGCGACCGCCACGUCCCGGCCCGUUCGAGCUCGUCGCACCAUCCGCUUCCGCGCGCGCGCAUGUCGUGGCGCGGGCUGCGCGGGUGCUGGGGGUGGUACCAGCAGCAGCUGUCGCGGCGGCCGCUCCGCACGCAGGUGGUGACGUCCACGGCGCUGUGGGGGGCGGGCGACGCCAUCGCGCAGCACAUCGACCGACGCAUGUCCCACCCACACGUGGCGAACGCACACAUGGGCGACGCACACAUGGCGGAUGCACACGUGGCCGCGCGCGUGUCUGUCCCUGUGGGGUCGCCGCAGGCAGAUGGAGCUGCGUCGCCCGACCAUGCUCAGGGCUGCUCGCCUGGGUCUGCUGCACAUCCCCGUCACUUGCCCACACCUGCACUGCCAGGGCGGGCGGCUGAGAGCUUCAACUAUCGCCGCGUUCUCACCACAGCCUUGUUCGGAGCGGGCUUUGUGGGCCCACUGGGGCAUUACUGGUACGAGGGGCUGGAGAGCUUUGUGAGAACCCGCAUGGGGCUGCGACCGUCAACCAUGCGGUUUGUGGCGGCGAAGCUGUUUCUGGACACGUUUGUGUUCGGGCCCGUGCACCUGGCCGCCUUCUUCACGUACACGGGGCUCGUGGCCGGCCACUCCCUGGCGCAGGUCCGCAGGGACCUUGCAAGGGACUUCGUGCCCGGCUUCCUGACAGAGGCCACAGUGUGGCCCGUGAUCCAGACGGUCAACUUCAAGGUGGUGCCGGUGCAGCACCAGCUGCUCUUCGUCAACUUCUUCUGCCUUCUUGACAGCGCGUGGCUCUCGUGGCUCAAGCACCAACAAGACGCUCCUUGGAAGGCUUGGCUUACAAGCACAUUGUUUGGUGAUUCAGACUCUAGUCUUUGAUGCCCGUGCUGUUAGAAUAGCAGAAUGACUAGAACAAGAUAGUACAGAGGAGGAUAUAGGGUUGGAGUUGUACCCUCUAUGAACACAAACCUAUGUAGCCUAUAACUUCUACAUACCGGUAUA